UGCGAGUUGGGCAAAAACUCGAAAACCUGUUGCCAGUUGUGGAAUAGGCAGCAAACACAGUGCAAAGAGUAUUUUCGUCAGAAAACUCAGGCGAAGAAACCCAUUUUUAUCCAAUCUCUAUUGUUCAAAUUAUCAACUGGGUUUUCUCUUCUCUUCUCUUCUCUAAUCCUGUUUUUCAAGAUUCUAGAUUGAUGAUUAAUGCCUGUGGUGGCUGUGGUCCUCUACUUUGUUUUCCAGUUUUCAUUUAGCCGCAAUUUCUGAUUCUUGUCUGUUGAUGUCUGCCUACGCACCCGAGUCUGACAGGAAGAUAUCCAAAGUUGGUGGCAGAGUGGAUGAAGAUGAUGAUAAUGAAGAAGAAGAUGAACAGGGUGGUGGUGGGGCCCGUGUCAGGGUUAGUGCAGAUACCGUCAAGAACAAGAAGAAUAAUAAUAAGAAGAACAAGAAGAAGAAGAAGAAGAAGCAGCAGAGAAGAGGAUAUGGGUGUGCAAAGGAGGUGGUCCUCGUUCCAUUUAUAAAGGCGAAGAAUUAUCUGAAACAAUCCAGGACCAAUAACUGGUCCUCUUCUUCUUCUGCCACAGGUAAUAGGUUUGAUGGUAGUUGCUUUUGUUUAAAGCAGCCUUCUACUUUGGAAUCCCCUGCUGAUUCUCACACAAGCGACCCUGAUGAUCCAAAAUUUACCCUUGAGAUGUUAACGACUUUGAUUGAGAAAAAUGAUUUCUACUCCAAAGAAUGCAAUCCCCAUUUUGAUGCUACUUCUCCUCUUUGAUCUACUACUAAUAAUAAUACUUAUCGGUGAAAGUUAAGGGCUUUUGCUAUUAUUGCUUUCAAUAUCUUGACAUAAGCAUGUGGGAGGCUGCAGAAGUUAAGAUUGGGCCCUUGGAUUAUGGGUUUUUGUGAAAUUAGAAAGCUUAAAGCUAUAAUAUUUGAUUGCUUAAUAUUUGGCUUUUAUCUGCUUUGGGAAUUCAUUCAUUCAUUCAUUCAUUGGUAUUUCUCUGUUCUUUGAGAAGGAUCGAGUAUCAUUAAGUAUCUUUCUUGAGUUUAAAGAGCUUUGACUCUCGAACAUAUUGUGGAGGAGUCAGCUUUCUCUUCCCUCAACUGUUUACUUUCGAUGGAAAUUGGGAGCAAUCUUAUGAUUAAGCACAUUUGAGAUAUAUUACAUUAUUUCUUGGAGAAUUAUUUCGGCUUCUGUUGGACAUGCAGAAUUCAAUUGUUUAUCUGGAGGAAAUUUAAGGUUCAAGUAUAUUAGAACUAGUGAAAAUUGAAGGAUAAUACAUGUAUAGGACCAAAUGCAAUUUGUACUAUGGUCAGUUUCGUGUGAGAUACACUUGGAGUUAUUCAAACUACAUAUACAAUUUUUUUUUUAUUUGAUAUCUACAGUGUGGUGUUUUAGUCCCAAUUUUGUUUUUGGCCGUGCUUUCUAUAUCUUUGAUUGUAAAAGUGACUGAGUUAAGCAGGUUUUUUGCUGUUUCUUGCUUCUU